AUGAUAUACUCAUAUGAUUCAAAUGGAAAUUUAAUUUUUACAACUGAAGCAAUAUCAUAUUUAUAUAAUAAUGGUUGUUUAAUUGGAUAAAAGUAUGCUGGAAUUUAUAAAUGCAUAUAUUGCAGUGGUGUCAAUUAUGGUUAGAACUGUGCUACAUCUCCAUAAACUCCAAGGUGUGGUUAAUUUUGCAAGACAUGUGAUGCAACUAAUACAUAAUGCGCCAGUUGUAUUGCUGGCUAAUCUCCAUUAGAUAGCAAUGAUCUAAAAUGUACUUUAGCAUGUUAGCCAACCCAUAAAUCUUGUUAAUUAAUUGAUUCUGUCUAUUCAUUUAGUGGAUGUAUUGAUGGUUACGAAUUUUUAAAUGGAGAAUGUGUUUAAUGUCCAAUGAAUUGUAAAGUCUGUUCUUCAGGAGAGUGUUCAUAAUGUAUUUGGCCUUACACUUUAAAAAGUUCGUUCUGUUUUGAAGAUAGAAAUUGCAUGAAAUACGAUUAUAUUUAUGAUUCUGAUGGAAUACCUGUUGAUAUUAAUUGCCAACAAUGCGAUGUUGGAUAUUUUAAAAAAGGAACUAGAUGCUCUUCUUGUUAAAAUGAACCAGGAUUGGAGAAAUGUUUUAUUUGUCACAAUGCGAACGAAUGUAAGAGCUGUUUUGCAACACACUAAUUAACUGCAGAUAAAAAGUGUGUUCAGAAUACUGCUGGAUGCAAUUCUCCAUGCCAAACUUGUUUAGUAACAGAUCCAAAUUAUUGUACUACCUGUUUUUAUUAAUACAAACUGAGUGCAAGAAUUAUUCCGGGUUAAUGUGUUUGUGAUUAAAUUGGAGGAUACGCAGAAUUAAAUGGAAAAUGUCUUUUAUGUACUAUUGGAGAUUGCUAAACAUGUACUUUAAAAUUUGGAGAUUGUACAUCAUGUGAUCCCCUUCGGAAUAGAAUACUAAUUGGAAAUACUUGUCCAUGCCUUUAAGGAUAUUAUGAUACAGGAUUAGAGGAUAAGAUUUGUAAAUAAUGUUAUCCUUCAUGUUAUAAUUGUUCAGGACCAUUUGAUACUGAUUGUACUGAUUGUGGAGAUCCAAAUGUUUAUCACAAAUAGUUUUUCAAUGGUAAAUGUAUUUGUGCCUUAAGAACAAUUGAAAUUAACCAAAGUGAUGGGUCAACUUUGUGUCAACGUAAGAAUACUUUUAGAAAAAAUUUAGCUUGUCAUCCAAGAUGUGAAAAAUGCCAAAAUCCAGCUGACAGUACAUCAAAUCAAUAUUGUACAAUGUGUAUAACAGAACAAAUUAGAGUUGUUUCAGAUGAUUUGAAAUGUAUUUGUAAAAACGGAUAUGGAGAGGAUGGAAUUCAAGACAUUUGCUUUAGUAUAUCUCAAUAUUAAUUCUAAGAAUGCCAUUAUUCUUGUCUUCGAUGCAAUGGACCAUUAUCUAAUAAUUGCACAGAAUGUUCAAGCGAAAAUAAUCGCUAUUUGAAUUCAGAUAAUAAAUGCUUAUGCGGUUCAGCCUAUUAUGACACUGGGAGAAACGAAGUAUAUUGUUAUUUGGCUUGUUUUCACUCAUGUACAAAUUGUCUUACUGCUGGAGAAGAUUCUUGUACUGCCUGUCCUUCAACAAGAGCACCUGAUAGAGUUGGUGCAACAUUUAAAUGUUUUUGCAAGGACUCUCACUAUUAUAGUGAUCAAGCCUAAUUAGAAUGCUUGGAAUGUCACUUUACUUGUAAAACAUGUAAUGGGAUAGAAAAAACUAAUUGUUUAACUUGUGACUUAAACUACAGAUAAUUAAUAAUAUCUAAAUGUGAAUGUCCUUUUGGGUACUACGAUGUAGGUGAAUUACAAUGUUAAAAAUGCUAUUAUGCAUGCAAUACCUGUUUUGGUUCUCAAAUAGAUAAUUGUAUAACUUGUUCAAAUCAAAGCAAUAGAAUAGUUAAAGCAAAUUAAUGUGUUUGCAAAGAUGGACACUUAGAAAAAUAAAUUGGAGAUUAAAUUUGCUUAAAAUGCUCAUAUAGAUGUGCUUCAUGUAGUGGGUCAAUAGAUAAUUGCGAUAGUUGUCCAGAUUUCUCGUUUCGAGAUCUUGGAGUUAAUAAUUCUUGUUUGUGUCCUCCUAAAUACUUGGAUUAACCUGAAAAUCCCAUAUGCAUAGCUUGUCAUAAUACAUGCUUGACAUGUAGUGGAGGUUAAUCAAAUUAAUGUACAUCUUGUAUUUCCUCAACCGGAAGAUUUUUAAAUAAUUAAGGAGAGUGUUAGUGCUCUCAGAAAUAUUUUGAUAGUGGACUCCCAGAAUGUUAAGGUAUUAAACUAUAAUGUUUUUCAGCUUGUAGUAAUCUUUGUUAUGAGUGUAAGACUUCUUCAACUAAUUGUACCUCAUGUCAACCAGAAAAAUAUUUAAAUGGAAACACUUGCCUGUGCAAAACUAAACUUUAAGGCUUGAAAAUAUCUACUUAUUUAAGUCAAUAAUUUUGUUCUGUUUGUCAUUAUUCUUGUUUGGUUUGCAAGGGACGUUCCUCUUCAGAAUGUGAUUCAUGCUGGGACCAAGAUAAGAGAAUUUAGUAAGGUACAACUUGUACUUGCUAACCCAAUUACUUUGAUGUAGGAAUAGCUAAAUGUGCACAAUGUAAUUUUAGAUGUCAAACCUGUGCAGUAUUAGAUACUUAAUGCCUUUCUUGUCCUCCUUAAAGUUUACGAGUAUUAAUACAAUCCUAAUGUUUAUGUCCAUCAAGCUAUUACGAUGAUGGAAUGAAUAUUAUUUGUUAAAAAUGCCAUUAUUCUUGUUUGACUUGUUCUCAAAUAGCUGCAAAAUGUAUGACAUGUUCAACAACAGCUCAAAGAUAUUUCAAUAGCAUUGUAAACUCUUGUUCUUGCAAUGAUUCUUAUUUUGAUAAUGGCAUAGAGGUUUGUUAAUAAUGCCAUUACUCAUGUUUGAAUUGCCAAGGUUAAAAUUCAAAUUAAUGUAAGACAUGCAUAGAUAAGAAUAUUUCUUUUAGAGUUUAUAAUGGAGGGACUUGCUAAUGUUUGAUAGGGUAUUAUGAUGAUGGAUCAUCAGGCAAUUGUAAGAAAUGUUCUGUUUAAUGUGUGACUUGUUAAAAUUAUUCUACAUUUUGUACAUCCUGUCCAACUACAAGACAUUUGAAUGGAAAUUAAUGUGAUUGUGAUUAAAGUUAUUAUGAAUCUGGACAAGAAAAAUGCUAUUAGUGUGAUAAAAGUUGUUUAAAUUGCAUUACUAAUUCUACUACUUGUACUGAAUGUGAUUAAUCAUAAUUACGAAUUUUAAACAAAAUAACUUGCAAAUGCCAAUGCUAAAAUGGCACAACUGAAAUUAAUGGAGUUUGUUAAUACUGUGAUAUUUCUUGUUAAACAUGUUUAAACACUGGGACUAAUUGCACGUCUUGUGGCUUAAUGAAACAAUUAUAAAACAAUUUGUGCAUAUGCAUACAAGGCACAUAUGAAACAGGGAUUGAUAAAUAAUGUUAGUUAUGUAAUCAGACUUGUAAGACCUGCAUCAAUCAAGCUAAUUAUUGUUUAACUUGUUCAGAUGAGAAUUUUAGAAUAUUGAAAGUUGGAAAUUAAUGUCUUUGUAAAGAUGGAUAUUUUGAAAGUUCAACUAAUUAAUGCAUUUAAUGUGAUUUAUCUUGCUUUACUUGCUAAGGCAGUUCUAAAUAUUGUUUAUCUUGCGAUCCUGCAUUUCAUUUAUAAUUAAGUAAUUAAAAUAAAUGUAUUUGUGAUUCUGGUUAUUAUUUUAAUACUUCAACUAAGCAAUGUGAAGCAUGUAAUAUAACAUGUAAAGAAUGUUAAAGUGUAUCAUAAUGUAUUGAAUGUGAGCCAAUGACGAGAUAUAAUGAUCGAGAUACUUUUAAAUGCCUAUGCAAAGAUGGGUUUUAUGAAACCAUUGAAAAAAUGUGCUAACCAUGUGAUAUGACGUGCAAGACAUGUGUAAGUUAAUCAACAAAAUGCUUGACAUGUGAAUCUAUACAUUUGAGAUCUUUUAAUAAUUCUAACAAAUGUCCCUGUUUAGAUGGUUACUUUGAUGUUGGAAUUGAAAUGUGUCAAAAAUGCAAUGAUUUAUGUAAAACUUGCUAGUCAAUAUCAACCUAAUGUUUGUCAUGUUAUGAGACUGAAUAAGUUAGAAUAUUAAAUAGUAAUAUUUGUAUCUGUAAAUCUGGAUACUUUGAUAAUGGAUCACUGAUUUGUGAAAUGUGUUCAAAAUCUUGUUUAACCUGCUAUGGAAAGAGCGAUUAUUGUACAAGUUGUGAUCUUAAUAUGAAUAGAAUUGAUUAAUCUGCCAUUCAUAAAUGUCCUUGUUAAACCAAUUUUUUCCAAGAUGAAAAUGAAGUGUGUCAAAAGUGUCAUCUUAAGUGUUCCGGUUGUAUUUCAUAAGCCGAUAAAUGCAUAAGCUGCUAUGUUUCUAAUACUUCUAAUCGUUUAACUAUUUCAUUAAAUUGUAAUUGUAAAGAUGGUUAUUAUGAUGAUGGAAUUUAAUUCUAAUGUUAGAAAUGUAGUUAUCAAUGUAAAACUUGCGUCUAGUCAUCUUAUAACUGUCUAAUAUGCUUUAGUAAUUUGAGAGAGGGAGUACCUGCAUGUAAUUGCAAACCUGGCUUUUUUUAAAAUGAAUAAUAGGCAUGUGAAACAUGUGAUAAUAAAUGUAGUACUUGUGAGCAAAUACCAUCAAAUUGCACUUCCUGCAAAGGUAAUAGAUUAAACAAAACAUGUGAUUGUUAAGAGGCAUAUUUCGAAGCUGGAUAACCAAAUUGUAUUUAAUGCGAUUUUUAGUGUUUGACGUGCAUAGGAAACUAAUCUCAUUGUUUGUUAUGUAGAGGAGAUCGUAUUAAUAUUCCAGUUUGUAAAUGCUAGGAUGGGUUUUAUGAUGAUUAUUAAAGCAUGGACUGUCUUCAAUGUGAAUAAUAUUGUCAAACUUGUAAUUUAGAGGGUUGUUUAACAUGCAAUGGAAAUAGGGUAUUAUCAGAAGAAAAAAUUUGUGAUUGCCCUUUGGACUCAAUAAGCCACAUUGAUACCACAUGGUGCUCAAUACUUAUAGCAUGCGAAGUUGCCGUCAUAGAUGUUAGAUUUUCAGAUGAUUUACUUUCAAUAAAAGUUUUAUUUGAUUUUUCUUUAAAUAGAAAUUAUUUUUAAUCAUAGUUUUAAGAGAAAAUUUGCUAUAAAUUCUUAGCUGAUGAAACUAUUAAAUAGCUAGGAAAUAAUCCAGAUUGUUUCUUAGAUUAAGAAAAUGAGAAAUAAAUUAUUAUUAAAUUAGGUUCUAAUGCUACUAUUCUCCCAGGAGAUAAAAUAAUAUUUAUUAAUUAUUCUAUUGGACAUAUAAAUUGCUUAGCAAAAAUAAGUAAAUUUAUUUUUAAUUACUUAAAUCUUCCUAUUAAUUUAUUACCACCUUUAAUUGAGUAUGAUAUACCUCAAUAUAGUUUAAAUCCAUGCGAUGAUAACAUUAUUUUGAUAAAAUCAAAAAGUCAACAUGGCCUUCGAAGUAUUAUAAGCAUAAAAUGGUCUUAUUUAUUAAUAGGGUAAAGUGGAAAUGCUAAUUUAGAAGACUUUGUUUUACAACAAACUAAUCUUUAACAAUUAGAUCUCUACAUUCCAAUUUAAACUCUACCAAAAUAAUCUUCAGUAACUUUUCUUGUUGAAUUUCAAAAUUUUAUCAAGUAAAAAGGAUUCUAACAAAUAUAAAUUUAAACCCAUUCUGGCCAAUUGCCGACCAUUCUUUGGUAAGGAAAGAAAUAGUAUUAUACUUUUGAAAUAAUUUCGCUAUAUUUUAAAAUUUUGAAAAAAUUUUGUUCAGAUUAAACUUAAAUUUAGAAGGAUAGAUCAUAAUAUUAAGUAUCAUUAGUUGAAAUUCAUAGAAAUCGUUCUAAUUCUAGAUCAUCAAGAGUAAAAGUUUCUCAAAUAGUAAGUGAUAAUUUUUUUGAAGUGAAUAUAGAGAAAUACACAUUAUCACCAAAUACUGCAUAUACAUUUAAAAUGGAUACUCAAGAAACUUCAACUAGUUUUUCAUCAACUUAAAAUUAAACGAUUGAAAUAAUUUAAGGUGGUCUACUAUGCUAGUUUAUUGGCACAAAAAAAAUUUAAAAUUAUAGAAAGGAGUCUAUUAUAAAUAUUUAAUGCAAAGAUCUUGAUACUUAAUAUAAAUGGAAUGAAGAUCCGGAGAUAAAAAUAGAAGUUAGCUGCACAGAUUUAACAAAGAAUAGUUUUUGCACAAAUUCUAAUAAUAUGAUAUUUUAAGUAAAUAAAACUGACUCUAUUCAAGUAAUCCAAAAGCAAUCUGUCAAGCCUUAUAGUAUAUGGUGUUGGAAUGUUAUAGCAUUUAAAUAAGGGCGUUAAUAUUAUUUUAAGUAUAAUAUAGUGUUUUUAGAUAAUGAUUUUAAAAUUCUUGAUGUUUCAUAUAGUAAAGGGUAUGCAAUUAGACCAAUUAAUAGCUACGAAACAUUAUAAUUUGAUUUUAAUAUUUCUUUUGAAGACAGAUUUUAUGUGUUAGAAUAUUAAAUUGUUAUUAUUUAUAACUUUGAAGUAAUAAAGAUACUUGAACCUUAAUAUUUUUAAUAUCAUUUUCGGUUGUUUGAUCAUUAUUAAUAUUUCAAUCAAGGAAACUAAUUUACUUUAAAAUUUCUAGCAUAAUUUACAAACGAUAUAAUGCCUAGCUAAUAUGAUUUAUCAUUAACUUUGAAUUAACCUCCUAUUUGUUAAAUUAAACUAGGUUAGCAAACCCUUUAAGCAUUAUAAACAUCAAAAAUUGUGGCAAAUUGUGAUUUAUAAGAAGAUUCUCCAUAUACUUAUUAAUUUAGAUUUUUCAUGAAUAUUUAAGACUAUAAGGAUUUUUAAACGUAACGAUCAGAUUAUUCUUUGAUUCUUAAUAACUUUUAAUAAACUAAUGCUUUUGAAAUGUAUUUGCCUAAAAGCGAAGGAGUUGUUUUAAUCUAGAUUAUGGAUUCAAGAGGAUCAAUUACAAAUAUUGAAUCCUAUUAAAAUAUCACUGAAUUUAAAUUUAAUUGUUCCGAAUUUGUCCUUAGUAAUUUAUCUUUUAAAGAAAAAAUUAUCCUACUUUUAGAAGUGGCGAAGAAUCAUUAUGGAUAAUCUGAUUGUGUUAGAUUGGCUGAUUAAUUGUUAAAGUAUACUUUGAGUAAUUUUGUUUCAGAAGACUUAUUUGAAUAAUUAUUGGUUCUUCAAACUUAAAAAUUAUAUAAGAGAAUUAUAAUUGAUUAAACUAAUUUUAAUUCCACAAGAAGAACAUUAAGUCAACCUGAUUAAAAAGGUUGCUAUGAUAUUUAAAAAAAACUAAUUUUAAUUAACCAUUCCACUGCUUAAAAAAAUUCCUCUGAUGACACAAUAGCUUAUACAAAAGAAUUUGCAAAAUUAAAACAAUUUUUUCAUAAAAUUCUCUAAACAAAAACAAGUUUAGAAAAUCAAAUCUAAUAAAAUGAAAUCUUUAUGAACGAACUUUUAUUUUAAUCUAAAGAAUCCAUUUCUAACUGUUUAGAAGCCAUGAUACUUUUUAUCGAUGAUCAGUUUAAGAAAAUAUCUCAGACAUCUUUCGAAUCUGAGGCUGAUAAAGCAGAAAUAUUUGGAUUAACAGAAAAAUUAAUUAAGUUAAUUGAUGAUAUUGCUUUGCCUGCAAAUGAUAAAGUACAAGUAAAUGGUUACCCAUUUACUUUAAAUGGUUAAUAAUUACAAUAUCAAACAUCUAAAGUAACCAAAGAUGUUUUUAAUUAAUAACUAGGCCUAGAAAAGGAUUUGAUGGAUAGUAUGAUAGUCUACGUCAAAAAAGAAUAGUUGAAAAUUCACUUCAAUAAUUUAAAUAUCUCUAAAACGCAGAUAUAUGAGAUAAAAGCAUUUUUGAAUUAAACUUAAUUAGAAAUAGACCAAGAAACUUAAGUAAAAACAAAAUUAUAAAACUAUCUGUACAAAAAGUAAUAUGUAAAUUAUGAACGCUUGAAUACUGGUUAUAUUGUUGAUAUGACUGAAUACUUUUACUGCAAUGAAACGAGUUUACCAGCGUACAAUUUCUAAUGUGUUUAGUAUACCGAUAAUGGAUCAUUGUCGUUGUGUACCUUAUUAAUAUAAGAAUAAAAUAAUAAUCAAUCAAUUUAAAUUUCUUGUUAAUGUUAUUACAUGGGAAUUAUAUUUUUUACUAGAUAAUUAAAUUCAUCUUAAAGAACAAUAGAGAUCCUUGAAAUUACAACCUUAUAGCAAGACCAAGAUUCCAAUUGUAAUUUAAAUAAUUAGCCUUAUCUCUUAUUUCAUAGUAUUUAUAUAGUGUUUUCAAUAUUCAUGUACUAUGAACUAGAAAAAUUAGAGAUUCCAAAAAUUAUUGAAUCAUUUUAUAACAAGAAUCUUUAGAAAAAGAAUAUCAUUAAAUUUUACGAUUUUCAAAGUAUCUUAAGAAUUUUUUAAAACUCUAUCAAAUUUAUUCAUGAAAUAGUUUGCCUAUUUUACUACGACGAUCCAAUUAUAACAAAAAGCUACAGAUUCCUUAAACUUUCUAUUUUUUUAAGUAUUUUAAUUCCAUUAUCUUUUUUUGAAACUGUUUUGAUGAUCGAAAAAACUUUCACUUCUAUUAUGAUUGUCAAUUACAUAAUUUUGCUAUUUUUAAGAAUAAUCUUUAAGUUAUUUGAAGCAAUUUAUAGAUUUAAAGGAAAGUAUAAGACAUUUAUAAUAAUUCUGUUUUUUUUAAUCCACAUUAUGUCUUACUUUUUUUUACAAUAUUAGUACUAAAUCAAGUAAAAAUUAAUAUUAGAUUAGAAAUAAUUGCGUCAAAUAGUUCAAUUACAAUAUGUUAAUCCUAAUUGGUGGAACUAUAAUAUUGAGCUAUGCAUUUUUGGACCUAAUAUUCAUUUUUCUAAGAAUUGUAAUAUACAGCUAAAUCACUUCAUUAAUAAAAAUAUAAGGAUUAAAUCCAUUAAAAUAGUUUGUCUAUUUUUUUAUUUAGCAUAAUAAAUUGGAUCAAAUAUUUUUGGAUAACAAUAUUUAUGA